GCAUUCCGUGCUCUGCUCUCGCAUGUUGUAUUCAAUGAGUCAGUUGCUUUCACUGAAACUUUCUCCCAGCUAAUGGGAGCAAAAUCAUGAAAAUGGACACCGAAGCUGUACCGCAGUGUUUGCUUUCCCUUAAUGACAUUUUCAUCUAAAACCAAGAUGUGAUUUAUUAGUUGAAGUAUGACGUGAGGACUGAUAGUAGCUGUUUAGAUUAAGAGGCUGUGGAGUAACUUGCGUCUUUGCCAGUCUGGGCUGAGGAAAGUCUGGAAAGUGACUCUAAACGUCUCCUUUAAUGCACUGUGAUAAAUGGCUCAUGACACGUCCCCCAUUUUCCCUCAUGGGUCCAGAGAGGAAGGUUUUCCAUAUAUGUCGGCUUCUACAUAUUUUCCGUUUCGGCAUCGGUGUUGACAUUAGAGCAGCCUUCGUCCAGCUCGCUGGCCUGGUUCUCAUGCUGCGUCCUGGGCCUGGAAACAAACUCAUGCAGUCCCUCAACAGCCAGGCUGACUCCGUCUCGGCUCACCUCUGUUGAAAACACUUGUUGUCGGCGAGCGCAGCUUCCUUACCGUCUCCAGGCCUUUUGCGAGCAGGUUCAGGCCCUGAGCGGCCUCCACUCCUGACCUGCAGUCAUGGGGAUCCAGGGCAUGGAGCUGUUUGCCAUCGGCGUUGUCAUCAUCCUCUUCAUGGCGGUUCUCAAGCAGUUCGGCAUCCUGGAGCCCAUGUCCUCGUUUGAAGACAGCAGCGACAGCGACCUGGAGCUGUCGACGGUUCGUCACCAGCCGGAGGGUCUGGACCAGCUGCAGGCUCAGACCAAGUUCACCAGGAAGGAGCUCCAGUCUCUGUACCGAGGAUUCAAGAACGAGUGUCCCAGUGGGCUGGUUGAUGAGGAGACAUUCAAGACCAUCUAUUCUCAGUUCUUUCCCCAAGGAGAUGCAACCACCUACGCUCACUUUCUGUUCAACGCGUUUGACAUCGACAGAAACGGUUCGAUCCGCUUCGAGGACUUCGUCAUCGGCUUGUCAGUGUUGCUCAGAGGUUCGGUCACCGAGAAGCUCAACUGGGCCUUUAACCUCUACGACAUUAACAAGGACGGCUACAUCACCAAAGAGGAGAUGCUGGCGAUUAUGAAGUCAAUCUAUGACAUGAUGGGGAGGUACACGUACCCCUGCGUGAGGGACGAAGCUCCGUCUGAACACGUGGACAAAUUCUUCCAGAAAAUGGACAAAAACCGAGAUGGCGUAGUGACUAUUGAAGAGUUCAUUGAGACCUGUCAGAAGGACGAGAACAUCAUGAACUCCAUGCAGCUGUUUGAAAAUGUGAUAUAAUGAACCAGGAUGUCCCCACUUGUUUUCCUUAAUUAGCACAACUCACAUACAGAAACAGCACAGUCAUACACCUCGCCUAUUUCUCCCACAGUCACGUAGGACAUCCUGGAACAUAAUGAAGCUACUGUAAAAAAAAAAAAAAUACAGAUUUUUUUCUAUUUCUGAACAAACUCCUUUAGGUGUAUCCUGCAGCUGCUCCUGGAUUUAUUCUAAAUAACUGCUACUUGUAGAAGAAGAGCAUCCUGGGUACAUGUUUAUGUCCUCGGUGACGUAACAGAAGAGCUCCUUGUGCUUUUAUCAACAGACAAAAAGGAUCAACAAGGAAUGAAGAAGCUUACAAUAAUCCACUGACCUGAGCCCACAUGGAUACUAGCUUUAACACGAAUACACACUCACAUGCACACCGACCUGCUGUCUCCCCAAGAGUUUUUAGAGCACUGGAUCAAAUACAAAAAAAGAGAAAUGAACUAAAGCAUGUUUGUCAUCAAAUAUGUGAUGUGGAAUUAGCUUGCACUACAGUUUUACGACUAUGUAUUAUAUGCGCCUGAAAUAAAGGCACUGUAGAUACCUGCACCUGAUACACACUGAUGGAAACCAGUGUGUAUGUAUAUAUGUAUAGUUAAUAGUUAUAUAUCCUGCAUUGUGUCGGUCUCAUCUGUAUUGCACUGGGUGAUGAUGUUGGACCAGAUCUGAAUAUUUGUUUAAGAAAUCUCUGUGUUAAUUUUAAUUUAACAUCAUGUUUAGUAUCCAAUCUUCACAGAAUUUAAAUGGAUUAUUCAAAUACUUCUCUCUUUUUUUUUGUAUUUUGGAAGAUUAUGUUUAGCUGGUCAGAAAAGGAAAAGGAGUCUGUACAGUACUGUGAAGAAACUGAAGGACUGUUAAGUGUGUCCUUAUGCUGAAUUAAGGCUUUGUCUUGUUUCUUCAGUAUCUGCGAGCAUGCUGACUCUUAAGUGCCACGGUAUUAUGUACAGUACAGUAGGACCUUUGUGAUGUCCGUUAAUUAAAGAUUCUGUCGACAGCUGA